UAGACUUGAUAUAGUGCUGGCGAGGGGAAGUUCCAUGGAGGAUUCUAAAGUACAAUUGUCUUCUGGAUAUGCUAUGGGACCCCCUUGGUUAUUCAAAGGCAGUGCACUGUAUCAAUUACAUCUUGUAAAGGCAGAAAUUGCUCGUGUUUUCAUCCCAAAGGAGUUUAAAAUCGUUGAAGCAUUUGGCAGGUACACUCUUGGAGGUUUCUUCCUUGCUCGUUAUGAUGAUAGCCCGGUGGCAAAAUUUGAUGAGUUAGUGGUUAUUGCUGGCACCGUGUGGAACCCACCAACUUCUUGCGCGUGGGCUGCCAGAGUACUAGUGAACAAUGAAGAAGCCUGUAGGCAUGGGAGGAAGGAAUUUGGUCUUCCAAGCAAUGUUGGAAUAUUCUCGGAGCAAAAAUCUGCAGAAGUCAGAGUGAAAUCCAAAAACAUGUACAAUUGUUUUCUGAACAUGAUUGGCUUUAGCCGCAGUAGCUGGAAGGAGCAUACUGAAGUCAAAAUAUCAGAGGUUAAUGAUUCCAACAUAAUGUCCCUAUGUAGCAUUAGCAUUCCAUAUCUUGAGCCAAAAUUGCAUAGUGAUGACAGAUGGAUGGGUCCAAAAAUCAAAAUGUCACUUCCAAAUUUUAGUGGGCGAACCAUUCACAAUCCCCUUCUUCUAAAGUAUGCUUGCCAGCUAGAAUGCAGGAUGCGUCCUGUGAUGGCAGCGAAAGUCUCUGGACCUACCAGCAAUUAUGGUGAAGAUGAACCUGAUGUUGAUUGUCUCAACAAUAGUAAAUUGACAGAGGACAAAACCUUGAACCAAUGCAUUUCGAUUCUGUUGUCAAAACCUGUGUUGGCAUUGGAGUUCAAUUUUCUCAAAAUGCAAGUGAAUGCUCCAACCUUAGUAGUUUCUCACUCCAAGAAUAAUGUAGCAGAAGAUUCAGGUGACGAGACAUAUCCGUAGUAGUGUUGAUUAUCAGGGGUUUUCUAUGAGCGGAUUUAGAGGCCAGAACAAAAGAAGCUUUGAACGACGAUUUUGAUUUUUUGCAUCAGCAGCAUUUAUCACUGAAGUUGAAUUCUUGACAGCAGAGGCAAGCAAAGAUGAGUUUCCGAACAAAUAAGAUGGUGCAACAGCUGCAGAAAAAUAAGACGCAUGGAUAUACUGCUAACUUGCAAUUUACCUGAUCCAAUUAAUUGAAUUACUGGUAUUGUAAGACGCCUUUUGCAAUGUUAUGGCGUGGAAUUAUACAAAGAAUUAAAAUUUAAGAGAGAGAGAGAGAAUGGGAUCGUAGUAUUAGGAUUUUAACUUUGUUUUAGGGUUUUUGUAAUUGAAGUUAGUCUAGAUUUCUUAUAUUUAGAUAGGGAAUAGCGAAAACUUUAGGUGAGGAUAUCCAAAUCAAAAUUAGACAGAAUAAAAAAUAUCCUCUCUCUCUAGCGUUUUUAUUC